UCAGCUGAGCUUAACUUGUAUUAAACCCGAUAUUCCUUUUAAGCAUUCAGCGUUGCUGUGGAAUAAUCCAUUUUAAAAGUAAGUCCUUGUCAAUGUUAGUAAGUUAACACAUGUGUUAACAGCAUGUCCUCAUCCAGUUUUACGGACAUCUUUCAUUGUGAAGACACUGCGCCUCAGCAUUCAAAAGGGACGUUCUCAUACACUGAUGACGGGCUAAAUGACAGUUUGGACGGGUAAGACACCGGUUAAUUAACAGUUGUUGUUAAAAACUUUUGACCUGUGAAAAUGAAUAAUAUUUGUGCUUAUUGAAAAGGAACAAAGUAAUGCCACACAUGUAUCUAGGUACAUGAAAUACUUUGGGAAGUUGAUUUGUCAAGCAGUGUGGUGUGCUGUACACAUGUAAAGCCCUUUUAAAUGGCAACCUUCUGAUUCUUGUAUAUUUAUUGUACAUGCACUCCUAUUAAUUAGAGCACCACAUAGAAUAUUUGUUGUGAAGGCAAAUAGGUGAUUAAAACUUUGAACAAUUAAAAACUGCAUGCUGAUCAUUCGCAGCAGCUGUAAAAUACAAUUUUCCCCAUACAUUUGUAAGAAUUUUAACCUUAAAUUUGGACUUUUGUAGAAAAAUGAAGUUCAUGUAAUGCAUCAACUACCCACCUCUCAAAUAAUUAAGUAAAAACAUUUUUUAGGAGUUUGACUGAAUUGACUGAUGUGUUUGAGGAAGAAUGCUAUGAGGAUGAACUCUGGACGCCACCAAAUGAUGAUCUGAGACAUAAAAUUGCUGCCCAGCUUGAGAACUACCUUUCUGAUGAAAAUCUCUCUCAUGAUGCUUUUCUGCUGAAACAUGUCCAAAGGAACAAGAUGGGUUAUGUUAGUUUGAAACUAUUGACAUCUUUCAAAAAGAUUAAAGAUCUCACUCGUGACUGGCGCACCACACUGGCAGCUGCACGAACCUCUCAGCAGCUGGAAGUGAACGAGACUGGUACCAAGGUGCGACGCAUGACCCCAGUGCCUGAUUGGCUCCUGUGCACUCCCACAAGCAAGUUGCUGCUGGCCUGGAACUUGCUGGAUGGUGUUCCUGCAGUCAAGGGUGAGGUGAGUGGGUCACCUGGUGUGGAGCAGCUGGGCGUCAUGGAAGCUGCCAUGCGGGUGUUUGCCCCCUACGGCACCAUUUCCUCCCUCCGCAUUCUGCGCCCAGGAAAAGAGAUUCCUGCGGAACUAAAACGUUACACUAAGAUACACAUUGAACUUGGGCACAAAGUGUGUGCUGUGGUGGAGUACGAUUAUCUGGAGGGUGCACGUAGGGCCUUUGAAGCCCUAAAGGCAGAAGAGCUGCUGCAAGGAGGAAGAGGCGUUUGUGUGGCCCUGUUGGGUAGUCGUGGAACUCGUAAGCCAGGGUGGAGCCAAGGCCUAAUGGUGGAAGAAUCAGAAGAAGGUAUUGACAUUGGCUGUUGUCAAAAGCCUAACAGAAAGUCUAGAAGGUUCCUUUAUUCCCUAGAAGAUUCUGCCCUUUGCAGCUCUUCCGAGUCUGAUUUUGCCCCUGCCUCGCCCCGGCCCAACCGCAGUGUCUCCCGCCCUCAGGCCCUAUAUGGCAGCCCACUUGCUAUUCCACGGAUAUCGACUUUCCGCUCUGACGCUUACAGGAAUCCCCUUGGCAGUCCUGUGGGUAGCCCCCUCUUGCCUCGCAAGCUUUUUCCUUGCAGUCAGAUGACCUCUCCGUUGGCCACACAUCCUUACAGCAGUACCCCCAAUGCAGCUGGUACCUCCCCCUUCAGUAGGUGCAAAAGUGCAGGUGAUCUCUCUCCAGAUGACAUGGGGUUCAUGAGCAGUCCGUGGGUCCAGCGACGUAAACAUGCUUCUCAGGUCGUUCAGCCAGAGAUGGGCGAUUCUUUGUCACCCAACCAGAUAAUUAGAUCUUUAAGUGUCCUGGUUGUGCGCCAGCCUGUUGGACCCGAUGGGACCAAAGGUUUCCACAACUGCAUCGGUAGAGGAAAGGUGCUGCUGCCCCAGUGACCCCGACCAUGGGUGCUUUAUGAAGUCUGUUGUCCUGUUGAAUUAACAACUGUAUUCUGCAGUACAAGGUGAUGGCACUUUUUAAUGCAACAUAAUUACUUAUUGACAUGUAUAUGCCUAACUUUAC